AUGAUACCCCCAAGGCACCUUGAGUACUACAUGACCGAGUGGGUUACGGCAUCUCUGGAAGCAAUCGUAGCUCACCGGUUGUUCCCAUUUAUUGGCUUUCCCUCCUGUAAUCCUGUAAAUCUCCUUCGGCCAACACACAUCUCCGAUGAGUUGGCCUUGCCUCUCUUCAGCAAUGACCGAUCCAUGUGGGAUGUAACUGUAACGAAUAACGCCCUAAGAAACGUUAGUACUUCGUGUAAGAACAAUAGUGGACAACCCCGGGGUGCUUGCCUCCACUCGGUGAAUUUUACCCCAGAGUCGGCCCGACAUUUUCGCAUCGAGAUUCCGCAAAUUGAGAGUUUGAGGGCUGCUCUGCUCUGUGACCCAAAGUUCAAUCUGCAGCAUUCAUGGCAGCUUCGGGUAGUCGUUUCUUUACGCAUACCUGUGAUACGCCUUUUAGACCAAGUAGACUGCAGAAGCGCUUCUUCGUCUGUGCGGCCUCACGAUGCGAAAUCCAUUGAGAGUGACCUGAAUGAAGUGGACUUGAGGAGUAGGGCGUCGGCUGAGUACCCUUGCCGGGAACAUCAUUCGUCCACACUGAACAUUCACGAUGGCAGUAUAUUUCCAGAAUUCGAAGGGAAAGAGUCGCCGUUGCUUGCUCCCCACUCAUCUCCAGGAGAGAGCUAUACGCAUCACUGCCUAGAACAGUGGAUCCUCAACUUCCAGCCCUUGGCGACAUCUGACCGGCAGGCGAAGUUUGAACACAGGAAGUUGUGCACAGCUUUGAAAGGUUUGCUGGCUACGUUGCACUUUCUCCCGACUCACCCAGCACUUCUGGCUUUGGCCGACAACGAAAGAGCAAAGCACAAGCGAGGCGGUCACCAGCAGAAGAUAUACGUCGAGACCCACCUGCUCGCUCGUUGGCGAACAGGAGAGUCUCGCAGGCGCCAUAGGAGAGCUCAUGCCGAGGCCCCGUGGGUGCCUCUUGUUGCCUACAGAUCUGAUUUGGAAGACAUUUUGGUGUGCCGCUCAUCUGAAAGCUUCGCAGGUGCAGGAGCACAAGCAAACCCCAGCUGGUCCCCAACAGAGAACUUGCGUUCCCCUCCUCUGGUGUGUAACACGGCACGCACCUGUGUUGCAGGCAGUUCUUCUCAGCAGCCUUCGUAUUACUCCUCUUCAGCCCUUCAGGAGCCACCGCCUGGUGCCCCUUUGACCUGCUCCAACGCGUGUACACCUCAACCAAAUAGCCGCACUUAUAAGGCGCCCCUCUCGCCCUCCCGCCGUCACCACCACGCUAGCAUCAGUGCCCCGAAGAGUAGAAGUCAUGGAGAUCCACUGCCUACAGGUCGCGAGGGCACUCUCACAGUUCCAUGUCUGAGCUGCGGCAGCAGCUGCUGCUGCUGCAGCUGCAGCAGCAGUUGUUGUUCUCCAUUCGGAGGCCAAGAUGUGUCCGGCAGCAAUGCACGGAGAGAUGCAUGCGAACGCCGCACAUUUCUUUCCCUUGGAACUGCUUUGGGAACGCUAAGGUGUACUGUGAUGUACAAUGAGGAACUGGCACAGAGCAUCAUUGCCUCUGGGGAGCUCGAUGCAGCAGGGGACGUUUGCCUUGAGGGCUUUCAGCCUAUAGCAGCCACUGCGGUGGGCGAGAGAAGAAAAGGCGUAAACAGUAACGUCAGCAGCAACAGCAGUAGCAGCUGCUGCAGCAGUUCCGACCCGCUGCUCGAGGGCAGAGUCACCGCCCCUGUCGGGGGUUCGGACAUGUGGCUGGAAAUGCCUCCAGACGAUAGGGAAGCACCAGAGAAUGCUUUGUCAAAGGCCCUCAGCGCGAAUGCAGGCAGUCAGCAUCCUGCUACGGCUGCCCCCGCCUUUGUUGCUGCUGGUGCCCGUUCGGCUACUGGUGCUGCUGCGGGGUGUCAGUUUCCUCCUCCUCAGGAAAUUGCUACCAGUUGUGGUGAGAGAAUGGGAGGCGGUAUUUGGCAGGGACUGCUGCAGCGGCUGCCGUUAAAAAAAGCGUAUCGCGCUGCUGCUGUUCCCAUGUACAGUUUGGGUUUAGGGCCCCUCUUGGAGAGGUGUCCCCCCAGCAAAGUUCUUAAGCUUCCAGCAGCAGCAGCAACAGCGGCAGCAGCAGCAGCUGCUGCUGCUGCCGCUGCUCGUGGCCGUUUGAGCCGGCGAGGAGAGGAGGCGGCGGACCCGCGUUGGCGCCCCUCUGUGCAGACCAUUCCUGCAUCCCGCACCGCGGGUUCGCAGCAGAAAGGCACGAGUAGUAGCAGCAGUAGCAGUAGCAGCAACAGUAGCAUCGGCAAGUUAGAUUUAGGGAGGAUGGAGGGCGUUGGUGUUGGUGUGUCGUUCAAGGGUAUUUGCGGAUUUGAAGCGGGUUUCAAGGGAGGAGAAGAUGGCUCGUGUGUGGGGAACCCGUUGUUAGCAGACAGCGAAAUGAGCAGUUUAGAAGAAGCUUUGUUUUUAGCCGAAGGCGCAGAGGGGCUGGGUGAGGGGUUGAAGGAGGAAGAGCAGAUAUCAGCAGACGCUGUGCAGUUCGGGUCUAUGUGGCUAGAUAGCGCACAAGCGAGGUUUCAAGAAGAAGCCUUCUGCGCUGCCAGCACCUCUCUUACUGCAAAGGAAAGUAGUGCAAGCACUGCACCACGACCUUGCAAGACACUGGACGCACAGGAGUUGCAGGCACUGAAGGAAGAAAUCAAAGCAUUCCUGGAAGAGGAGGCAGUUUCUGGAGCAUCUUCUGCUUCUUCGUGUUCUUCUUCGUCCUGUUCUUUCUGUUCUUGUUCUUCAUGUUGUUCGCAUCCCUCCUACCCUUGUUCUUCUUAUCCUCCAUCGGUGCCUACUUGUGGGUCUUACUCCUCUUCUGUGAGUCUGUCAAACUAUCUUUCCUCUGUGUUGAGAGCUCUCGAGUCCAUUUCAAGAACACCCUUUGACCCCGAAGGAGCAGCCAACCAAUGCGGACUCUUUGAUGCGAGCCCUCUGGGGGCUCAGCCGCAAGACGAGGCAAACAACCCAAGCCGACCAAAGGAAAACAGCAAGCAGACAAAUCGCACAAUUACACAAACGUUCAGUAAUCUACACACAGAAGAAAAGCAUCAACAACAGCAGCAGCAACAGAAUCAGCAACAGCAGCUCCAGCAAGAGCAACAGCAACAGCAACGGCGACGGCAAAACGUCAGAGGGUUGCCUUCCUUCAUUAGCCUGGAAGCAGCGAUGGUCGGUGCAGAGUGGCAGGAGAAGCGUCUGCAGCUGGGGCUAGAGCUAGAGAACCUCGAUCUAAGGAAUGUAGAUCGCUGCUGCCUGCCUCAGAGAGAAAUAGACAAGGCGGAAGCUUCAAACAGCAGCUGCAACACAGAGCGACCACACGGCCUCAGGUCUAGCCGAAAGGGGGACCCCUUCCCUUCUGUCUCCCCUCUUUGUUUUUACCCAGAAGAAAGCUUCAUGACGCAAAUGAGCACUAGAACGGGCUUCUCGUUCCUUGAAGAGGCCAUAAAGGAGCUGAUGAAUUGCACACAGGAAGAGGAAACGUGGAAACAGCAAAUAGACGAUGAAAUGGACGGAGAGAAUAUAUCGGAAGAAGAUACAGGAUACCUGGAAGAAAAACGGGGGAAAAGCAAUCAAGGCAUACAUAGAAUAACAAAAUAUAGGUGCAAAACGGUAGAGGAGCAACGGAGAGGAAGAGAAAGAGACAAUGAAAUCCACAGAAAUAAAGGAGAAACACAACAGGAGGCCACAGGAGGGCACACAGAGGAGGGAUCAGAUGGAGACCAAGACGAUGAUGAUGAUGCCCGGGGCGAAGGAUCAGAGGGAGACAAAGUGAAGGAAGAUAAAGCCGAGGAUGGAGAAGUGGCAAACAACAACGGCGAGGAGGAAGAACAAAGACGAGAAACGUUGAAGAAUGUCCAGGAAACAGAGAAGGCGGAACAAAACGAAGCAGGAGGGAAGCCAUUUAAGCGACAUAAAGAUGUAGAGAGAAAACAACUAGGCAGCUGCGAUAGAGUUCAAAACUUACAACGGCCAAAGACCAACCAGGAGAAAAAAGAUGUGCUAGCCAACAAUAAAAAGAAGCAAACACCGAUGCAAACGCACCUCCGUGGAGUCCAAAUGUUCCUCCAAAAGGAAGCAACAAUAACUAAAAGGCAGAAGCAAACGCCAAAUAAACACCAAGAGAAGGAACAACAAGAAGAAAACGACGGGGGCAUUCCCGAGGCCUAUGAUGGCCAUGUGGAGGACAUGUGUAUACUACUGCAGAAUUUCGAGGUAUUAAUAAAAUUAACUGAAUAA